AAGGCCAGAGUCGCCGCUUCGCUGCAGCAUCGUUGGCGCUAGCGAGGCCGGCCUCAAUCAAGCAUUGCAAAUCGACAUCCUGGUAGGGACAUCGCGGCCACUUAGUCAAGGAAACACUGCAGCCCCCCCGCGAACCCCAUGAAAUGGGACUGGCCAUGCGCCUGGCAGCGUUCUGGCACAUUAGAUGCAAUAUUGUGGCUUUAGUGGGAAACAAUGAUGAUGUGGACGUGGGUACCAAAAGUGGAGGGCAUCAAUGGUGUGAAGGGCUAGAAGACCGUGGCGGCAUCGAGGACCAUCAAAGGAGGAAGAGGCAUGAAGGCACGCGUUGGCCGUAUGGAAAUGUUAUCCAAAUCGGGAACGCGCGGAUCGACAGAAGCCAUCGCCUCCCUGAAAACGGCACCACAAAGCCACAGCGGCACUUGAGAUGCUUGUUCGGUGCUGAGAGUUUGAAGACGUCAAAAUACUCGUCCUCUGUGCCUUGUGCAGCUCAUCUCCAAAUACGUGCCGAUCAUCCCGUCCCGUCUCUCCCGCCUCGAACGACCCUGCUUCAUGCACCGUUGCCCAACGGAUGCGGCAACGGCUGGGCUGCUACGUACCAACGGUAUGAUCAAGGACCGUGCCGUAAGUCUGUCUCCCUAGCUAGGCCCAGCCACGCGGGCGCGUCCACCUACACGUACUCUACAUGCCCUUGGACCCCAUUGCUUGGCUCGCUAUGCGGAUCUCGCCCGAUCUGGGCCUCCUAAUGCUGCAUGGACAGUCUGCGAACAGCCUAUUUCUGGGGAAGGAUCUGGUGGGUGAGAGACGGAAUCCGCCCAUUCGCACGGCUAGAGGCGGGUCCUUAUCGAUAACACCGCAU